UAUACCACCGGAAGUGAUUUGGCCUCACUUCCUUAGCAACGACCGAUUGCAGAGCAACCACUUGGCAACAACACACUCGAGUCCGUCGUGAAAGCGACCCCGGCCAAUAACCAACCGUUUUUAGUCCAGAUUAUUUACAUCGCUCGUGUUCAUUGAAGUAGCGAGUGGAAAGGCCACUUUAUGACCAAACGGUACCUCACAAAUCUGCGGAGUUCCAAAAGAAUAAAAUGAGUAGCUACCCAGCCGAGGAGUCCUCACGAAUUUCCAAAAAGUCCCUUUGGGAGGAAGUUUGUGCCGACUUUGAAGCAGGACUGCCGUGUCCUCCAUGUCCAGUUGGGACCUGUUCGGAGCCCUCCAAAGACAGCGGCUCCUCACACAACUCUGGCAAGGUGUUGCUGGAGGAUGACGAGGAGGAGGAGAAUGCACUAUUGUUGGACCUGGACCCGCUUCUCCACCACCCUGCCCACGCUGGUUUCUCCGUGUUUGGAGUCCAUCCUCCUCUAAGCCACAAAAGAAGAGCUCACCCUCCUUUCUGUCCGCAACCGUUUCAGCAUCCUGUCACGCAGUACAUGGAGGAGAAGCUCUUCCCUGUGCUGGUGCCUGCACUUGAGGCUGUACUGAAAGAAGCCGAGAGGCAAGGCGGUCUGCAGAAGAAAGUAAUAACGUUCAACCCCAUUGACUUCCUGGUGGAGUGGCUCUACAAUCACAACCCCCGCAGACAAGGACAGCCCCCGCGACAAUUCAACAACAUCCCAUUUGUCAGAGCCUGGCUCAGCAUGCAUCCGAGGCCUCCUAUCCCGCUCUUCCUGCAGCUGAGUGACGAGCAGGCUGCUUUGAUCAUCCAAUCCUUCUGGAGGGGCUACAAGGUCAGGGCGCAGCCUCAUGUGCAGGAGCUGCGCCAGUGGCAAAUGAACCUGAGGGUGACCCGGGACAGUCCAAAGGCCGUCUCGGAAUUCUGGGCUCGGAUAGAGAAACGAGUUGGCACAACCAUGACUGAGACCACAGAAAGGACAGAGUCGGAGAAUUCCGACCCGUGCCUCAAUGUGAUAUCCAUCACUCCGCUGAGCAUGUCUUUCCCCACCCCCCGGAUCACCCCGGAUGGCGGCGAGCGACCGAUGCCCAGCCUGCCCAGCGUGGAAGAGUUGGAUUGCGCCGAAUCUGCACUCAGGUCCAGGUCCUCAUCAACACCAACACUGUCACCAACUUGAGAGAGAGGAGUGAAGGGGGGGGGGGGGGGGUAGAGA